UCUUAUUUGAUACAAAUAGUUUGUUGUCAGAAUUUCUUAUUAUAACAUGUGUUGUUUUCGAGUUCCUAACCUCAAUGCUGGUAUACUGUCUUUCUAAGAUAUAUGCAGCUAGAUAAUCAUUGUAGUAAUCUAUUAUUUUGGCCUAAAUUGCCUUUAAAAUAGUUUAAUGCAACAAUGACAGAUUAUAUGUCUGCAGAGUUAGCAGCUACUUGUGCUGCAUUAGGUUAUUAUGAUGGGCAAAAGUAUUAUUUGGAUAAAAAUUGUUUAGAUGUUAUAAAGGAUUUGAUCAAAUAUUUAAAAAGGGAUGAUGAAACUCAUACCAUACGUCGUUAUCUUGGCCAGACAAAAUUACUUCAAUCAGAUCUUCUUAAAAUUUUUGUACAAUAUUAUGAUAAACUAGAUUUGUGGGAUGUGUUGCUAAGGUUGAUUAUUAAUUUAACAAGUCCUGCCUUGUUAAUAUAUAAUGAAAAAAUUCCUAUGGAGAAGACCAUGCGCAGUUACUAUUUACAAAUUAUAUCAUAUUUACAAAGUUACAAAGUAGCUUUAGCGGAUGAUCAAAUAUGGCAAAUAGUUAAUAAACGCUUGACCGCUAUCUUCAGUAUUGAUAAUUUGGAAAGAGGGGAGGAAAAUGAGAUGAUCAUUGAAAGAAUCUUAGCGUUGAUCAGAAAUGUACUUCAAGUCCCUCCAGAUGAAAAUGAAAAGCGUCCUGAUAAUGAUGCUACGGUUCAUGAUCAGGUAUUAUUUGCGCUUCAUGCAUCUGGUAUCGUUGACAUAUUACUUUUCAUUGCUAGCAGUGCCAAAGAACAACAAUACCACAUGCAGAUUUUGGAGAUCAUAUCAUUGAUGCUAUGUGAUCAAAAUGCAAGUCAAUUGGCAACAGCAGGUUUACAGCGUAGUAAUAUAGAAAAGGCAAAGGAUGAAGCAUAUCUACUAUCAAUAAGACAGAAAGAAAAAUUGGAAAAAUUGGAAAAAAUAAAGAAGUAUGCUGGUGCCAGACAUUCGCGUUUUGGCGGGACCUACGUGGUGCAGAAUAUGAAGGCAAUCGGAGAUAAUCAGAUGUUGUGUCACAAGCCUUAUGAAAAAGUCGAGGCACUCGAGUUUAAUUCCCAAAAGACGAAAGUAAAGAAACCAAAGAACAGACUAGCGAUGCAGGAUUCAAUGCACGAACGUGUAUCAGCUCUGAGCGUAAGACUUUUCUUAAAAGAAUUUUGCGUGGAAUUUCUCAAUGGCGUGUAUAAUCCAGUAAUGAAACAUGCCAAGUCGUGUAUUAUCAGUGACGUUCAAUGCAAUACAUCGGAGAGCAGUUGUUAUUUAUGGGCGUUACGUUUCUUCAUGGAGUUUAAUCGAUGUUACAAGUUUCAAGUAAAAUACGUGUGCGAAACGAUAUCCACGGAAGAAUUUUAUAUAAUACAAAGACAAAUGAGUCUGUAUUACGAGAUGAUCCUUACUGAUAAGGAAAGGAUACCGAUAUGGUCUCACAGAUUGCAUUUGGCUUUGAAAGCAUAUAAGGAACUCCUUCAUACGUUAAUGGCGAUGGAUAAAAGUUCGGAGCAAAGUAUAAGAGAAUCUAGCAAGGUCAUUAAAAGCAACGUGUUUUAUGUUCCGGAAUAUCGGGAAACGAUACUCUCGCAGCUUCUUAAUUUCGACGAACUCAAGAUGUCACGGAAAUACCUGAUCGACCUAGUAACGACCGCCCACAUUUUUCUAAAGAUGUUGGAACAGUUCUGCGCCAAGGGACAACGAAGUCUCAUAGUACAGAAGUUGAAGAAAAAAAGACAGAAAAGUAAAAAGCACAAACCUGUAUCACGAAAGGAAGAAACACCUGCUCCAAGCUUAGAGGAUCGUUGGGACGAUCUGGCACCGGAAUUAUCUGUGGUGAUGCAAGGAGUUACGAUACCGGAAAUGAUACCGUUUGACGCUACGCUUGACAUACCCGUUGACAAUCAAAAGAGUGAUGCAAUGAAGAGAAUUCAAAAACUGUUACGAAUGAGGCUUUAUGAGAAUGCCGUUGGACUUUUUCGAGCUUGUCGAGAAGUCUGGCCAGAGAACGAUUCCUUUGGAAGGGCUGAUAUACCGCCGGAGGAAGAAUUUCUAGCACUCCGCGAAAUCUUCUUUGCAGAUCUCGGUGUUGUCGAGGAUGACUUACCUACGCAACAGACGAAUCGUGAGAACAAUUUCGAAGAUAACUUUGCUCGCAACGGUGAAGAGGAAGAAAACGAAGAAGAAAAUUAUAACUACGAAGAUGUCAUGACAGAAGAAACGGAUUUCAAAUUAAACGAAUUCGUGCAAAGAUUCGCAAAUGUAAAGAUAGUUAAAGCUCUUAACCUUCUUCUGCAACAAUUUGAUAAGAAUACUAACGAGGUCAAUCAUUACGUCACGAAGAUGUUGCACAGAAUUGCAUACGAAUGUAAAAUGCCUGCUAUGAUAUUUCAAGCAUCGAUAUUUCGAACUUUUCAAAAGGUCUUCGAAUCGAAGAAUCCUGAACACAAGGAGCUUCAAAAGUUCGCGAUCUUCAUAAUCCGUCGUUUCGUCGAAGUCGCGCAGAAGAACCGGAAGUCGUAUAUGGAGUUACUCUUCUGGAAGAACGCACAUGAUGCGACGCAAAUCGUCGAGGGUUACAGUACUGAGAAGGAUAAGAAGAAAGUUUCGCGGGGUGUUUGGACUGAGGCGGAGGAGGACGAACUCCGAACACUCUUCAUGGAACAUCAAACUAACAAGCCUUCGGAAGUAUGCUUUUCUUUCUACACAACAAUGCAAGAUCUAAUCGAUUGGAUACUCGAGAGACUCAUCAACGAGACUCGCACGAGACGAGGAGUUAUCAAGAAACUGAAAGAGAUGUGCUUAGUCGUCAAUUCCAAGAGUGUAAGAAACGAAAUACAGAAGAGACUACCCAAGGAAUGGUCCGAGGAGGAGAUUGCUCAGCUCACGGAACUUUGGGAACAGCUGAGAGAAGAUGAAGAUCCAGUGGAACUUAUUUACAACGGGUUGAGAAUAAAACGAACGAAACCGAAGAUCAAAGAAAAGCUUUUAGAAUUAGGACUAGCCAAGGAUCCGAAAGAGCUGUACAAAAAGCGAUCAAAAAAAAGCAAUCAUGGAAAAUCGUCGUGGGAAACACAGUCUGGCGGUAAUUCUGACGACGAGGAUCGGGACUCCGAGGAAGAAAGUAGAAAAUCCUCGGGGCGUAACGACGUGGCUCAAAAUAAACCAACGAAUAAGAAAAAGACGACAACGACGACGACGAAAGGAGGAAGGUCGAGAAGGAAGAAAGACCAGAAGACGUUUCUUUACACGGAUGCACAAUUAUCUGGACUCUUGAAGACCGUCAUCGAAGGAAAUAUGAGGGAGUCAUUGGAAUGGAUCAAGGAAUCCUUGGAGGAUGCUCUCGAUGAUCGCGACGAGGAAAGCACAGAAGGAAUCCCAUUGGUGCCGUUGACAGAAAAUUCAUCAAAUGCGAUGGAUUCUAAAAAUUUUCAAACAUUACUUCGCGCUAUGGGCAUGCAUCCACCUAUGAACGAACAAGAAACCUAUUGGCGAAUUCCAGCGAACAUGCUCAGUUCUACCAUACGAAAACGAUGUAAUCUUAUUGCCGAUGCUUUGGAAGGAAAAUUCAUCGUCGAAGAUAUCCCGUCUAAGAAAAAUACCGAUGACGAUAUUAGAAAUAAUUCGAGCGACGAAAGUGACGAUGACAUCGAUUUAUUGGAGACUAUAAAAAAAUUCUUUAAAAAAAAAGAAUCCACAGCAUCGACCUCGCAAGUAAAAGAUGUACCCUCGGAUUCGGAUAAAUCUGAAAAGUCGACUAAACGUGAUGUACAAGAAACUGCCGACAUCAUCGAAACAAAGGAAGUGGAAAAUGGCAAGAAUCAGGAAGGUACGGAGAGUAAUUUCCAAGCAAUCGAAACCGUGAAGAAAAUUUCUAAACGUCGAGUCAAAUUGCUUUCGGAUUCGUCCGAAUCUGAAUCAGAAAUCGAAAGGAACACAGACGAGCCAGUAGACGAAACUAAGAGAAACCGGAGUCAAAGUUCCGACACGGAAACUCCGUUAAGCAAAAGGCCACGUUUAUUGGACAGCGAUGAAGAUUCUGAAACUUCCCAAAUAAAAAAUUCUAAACCCACAAUUACACAUGAAUCAGACGACGAGGAAGUUAAUCAAGAAAAAAUCUCAAUUCACAAGUCAACAGUCUCUAAAAUAAUCGAUAGUGAUGAAGAGAGUGUGACGGAAAAAACGAGAAAUUUGAAUACCACUCGAAUGAUAAUAAGCGACGAUGAAGACAAUUAAUACUU